AUUCUUCAAAGAUUCCUGGACAACAGAGACAGUUUUUUCAAGCUUUUCAUUAGCAUUCAUCAGUCUAUCAGUCUUGGUGUCCAUCAUUCAGAUCUUGACAUUAAUACCUUGCAUCAAAGAAAAUAUUCUUUCUGAAGUAGAGAAUUCCUCUGGCUCCUUUGUUUGUUCAGUGUAUCUCAGAAGGACAGUCAAGUGGCAACAAACAGAAGAUGGAGAAACCCUUGCAGCUGGUUUAUAAUAUAGAUGGGAAACUGAAGCUGAACCCCGAGGCACUGCUGGUCCUCAAAUCCUUCGAGGAUCCAAUGAUUGUUGUUGCCGUGGUUGGUGCUGCUCGUACAGGGAAGUCCUACCUCAUGAAUUGUCUUGCAGGAGACAAGAAUGGAUUCUCAGUGGAUUCAACUGUCCAGUCUCACACCAAAGGAAUCUGGAUGUGGAUUCGAACCCUCCCUCAGAGACCUAAUGAGGUCCUCCUGUUGUUGGACACCGAGGGUCUGGGAGAUCCUGAGAAGGGAGACACUGCCAAUGAUCAUUCCAUCUAUUCACUGGCUAUCCUUCUGAGCAGCAUCUUCAUUUACAAUGGGAAAAAUCAAAUAGACCAGAAAUCCCUGCAAGACCUACAGUAUCCUUCAAUGGUGUCACUUACCCUUCAUUCCUUUAUCCUUGAUGUCGCUCCCAUUUUUGUGGCUGAACUGUCGAAGCGAAUCGAGAUGAAGUCCCAGUCCGAUGACUGUGACAGUUGGAACUUUCUUCGUUUCUUCCCAGAAUUUGUCUGGGUGAUCCGUGAUUUCACGCUGGAUCUCAACAUCGAUGGAAAACCUGUGACUCCAAAUGAGUACCUGGAGUUCAGUCUGAAAUUGAAGGACAGUGAAAUCAGUGAGCAAGACAAGAAAUAUAAUGAACUCCGCAAGUGUAUCCGCAAUCUUUUUCCCUCACGUUGCUGCUUUGCAUUUCCCUUUCCCACACACCCGAAUAAAGUCAACCAGCUCCAGAAAAUGAAGGACACGAUUCUGGAUAAUGAUUUCAUCAAGGAGCAGAAUGCCUUCAUCAGUUACAUCUAUGGCCACAAGAAAGUCAAGAGAGUUCUUGGGGGUCAGCUGGUCACAGGCAGGAGAUUUGCUGAAUUGGCCAAGAUGUACGUGGACAUGAUGGUGGAUGGGGUCAUACCGUGUGUGGAGAGCAGUAUUGCCAAAUUAAUGGAGGUGGAAAAUCAAUCAGCAGUAGAUGAAGCCCUGAAAUUCUACGAUAAUGAAAUGAAAAAAUUCUCAGAAUCUGACAAUCUUACUAUGAGCAAACUUGAAGAGUAUUACACUAAGAAGAAGGGAGAGGCUUUCAAUAUCUUCCACAAAAGGUGUAUGAACAACAACAGCAUCAAACACAUCAAGCAGCUGGAGGAGACGAUGAGUUCCACUUACAAGUCUCUCAUGGCCAAGAUCAAGGAAAAGUCACAAGAGCAAUGUAAAGCACAUCUUGAAAAAGAAAUGGCAUCAGUUAAGGAAAACCUGAAAUCUAGACAUUACCUGAGAGCUGGCGGUUUCCAGGAGCUGAAGACGGAUCUUGAAAAGGCUAUCAAGGAGUACGAAGAAAGGACUAAGAACGAGAUGGAGGGAUGUGCUGUCCUUGCACAUUUCCUGGAAGAGGAAAGACCUCGUCUGGACCAUGUACAGGAAAUGGACUGCCGGCUGAUGGAGGAACAAAAGCAUGCCUCUGCUUUGGAAGGGGAGCUCUCAAGGCUGAAACAGGAGAUGGAGAAGCUGGAACAGAAGAGGAAGGCAUAUGAGGAAUGCAGGAAUAACGAAAUCAUGGAGCAGAUCAGGAAAAAAUUUGAGGAGGGCAAAACAUACAAUGUGAAAGAGCUGAAUGAAGCCAUGGAGCAUAUGAGGAGUGAGAAGGAGAAAUACGAAAAUGAGGGUAGGAAGGAGGAUGCAGAAAGGGCUCAGCAGAGGUAUGAGUACCUGAAGAAGAAAUAUACAGAGUCAACAGAAUGGGAUUUCGCGAAAUUCAUAGACAAGAAUGCUUCUGUGGUUCUGGAUGUGUUUCCACUACUGAAAGGCUUGUAUCAAAUAUAUCGUCUCAUUAGACCUGCGGGCCAUAAGAAAUCGGAGGAGAAUUAGGCUAUUUGGCCCAUUGAUUUUGCUCCACCACUUCAUCAUGGCUGAUCAAUUUUUUUCCUCUCAGGCCCAUUCUCCAGGCUUCUCCCCAUAUCUCCUUAUGUCCUGACAAAUCAACCUCUGCCUUAAAUGUACAUACAGUCUUGGCUCCACAGUAGCCUGCGGCAAUGAAUUCCAUUUAGUCACUAUUUGUUUGGUUAAAGAAACUCCUCCUCAUCUUCAUUCUAAAAGGAUGCACAUCUGUUUCAAUGCUGGUUCCUCUUGACUUAGACUCUCCCACCGUUAAGAACAUCCUCUCCACAUCCACUCUAUCAAGGCCGAGUAGAUUUCAAUGAGGUCACCCCUCAUUCUUCUUAAAUCCAGUGAAUACAGGCUCAGAGCCAUCAAAUGCUCUUCAUAUGACAAGCUGAUCAAACAUGGAAUCAUUUUUGUGAACUUCCUUUGAAUCCUUUCCAGUUUCAGUAUAUCACUUCUAAGAUAAGAGGUAAGAUAACUGCUCACAAUACUCCAAGUGAGGCCUCACCAGUGCUUUAUAAAGCCUCAACAUUACAUCCUUGCUUUUAUAUUCUAGUCCUCCUGAAACAAAUGCUAACAUCACACUUGUCUUCCUCACCGCAGACUCAACCUGCAAAUUAGCCUUUCAGGAAUCAUAUACAAGCACUGCCAAGUCCUCUUGUGCCUCAGUUAGUUGUAUUUUCUCUCAUUUAGAAACUAGACAAUCCUUUCAUUUCUUCUACUAAAGUGGAAGCAAUACACUUCCCUACAUUAUAUUCCAUCUGCCACUUCUUUGCCAAUUCUCCUAAUCUGUCUAGGUUCUUCUGUAGUCUCUCUACAAACUCAACAUUAGCUGCCCCACCACCACUGCUCGUAUCAUCUGUAAAUGUUGCAGCAAAUCCAUCAAUUCUAUCAUGCAAAUCACAUAAUGUUAAAAGAAUUUGUCCCAACAUAGAACCUGGUUGAACACCAAUAGGUACUGGCAACCAACUAGAAAAGGCUCCCUUUAUUUCCACUCUUUCCCUACAGCCAAUCAGCUACUGCUGUAUUCAUGCUAGAAUCUUUCCUGUACUACCAUGGGCUCAUAGGUUGUUCUGCAGCCUUAUGUGUGCCACCUUGACAAAGGCCUUCUGAAAAUCCAAAGAAAUGACAUCAAUCAAUUCUCCUUUGUCUAUACUAGCAAGAAAGUAGUAAAAAAUGAUGUGUACAUUUAGAAAUGUGUCCACAACACCUAUCCUGUGACAUCCCUAACAGCUUCUAAGCCCCACAUCCCCCCCCCCCACUGCGUGCCCUGCCCCAGUCUGAUCAAUGAACUGGAUCCCACCCCACACAUUCUACAUCCAAUCCCCAGCCUGAUAUUGAGUUCACACGCUGGAAUAUUUAAAGCAUAGUUGGGAAUUUCACCUCACGCUCUGUAUGGAUUCCAUCUGGUGAAUCUCAGAACCCCAGAGAUGUGAAUGAGAUCAUUUCCCUAUGACUUAGUGUAAUAAGUCCAACUCACCAAAUCCCCUCCCACAGCCCACAGAUACUCUCCCCCAUCACCAACUUUCCCCACCCAUCAAAUCCCUUACCACAGUCCAUGGACACUCACUCCUUCA